CCCCGCCGGGCGAGCGCGGUGACUGACAGCGCCGGGCAGCCAGUCGUCGCAGCGCCGUGCGGCCGAGCCCGGCGCCGUCUCCCCGGUGACCGGGACAGCCGCUGCCUCGGCGGAGUAGCCGGAGUCCCGGGGGACAGAGAUCUUCAUCAGACGGAGUGAUACUCUUGAAACAUGAGAAAAAACUGGACUAAAUAAAAGUUUUCCUAUUUUAGGAAAAAAAAAAUCCAAAAUGUACAGACCAGGAGAAACGGUCAAACGUCGGCUCAACAUGCACGCUCCUCCCCGGAUAAGAAGCGUGGAAGUUGCUCGAGGAAGAGCAGGUUAUGGCUUUACCCUUUCUGGACAAGCUCCUUGUGUUCUUAGCUGUGUGAUGAAAGGAAGCCCUGCAGAUUAUGUUGGACUUAAAGCAGGAGAUCAGAUAUUUGCAGUGAAUGAAAUCAAUGUGAAAAAAGCCUCACAUGAAGAUGUAGUGAAACUUAUAGGGAAAUGUUCUGGAGUUCUGCACAUGGUCAUUGCUGAAGGGAUUAGUCAUAUGGAUUCAUGUUCAAGUGAUGAAGAAGUUGGUUUUUAUGAUGGUAAGGGGUGGCUGAAACCCAAACCUGACUCUAAAGCUCUGGGUAUAAACAGAGCAGAGAAAGUUGUCGAAGAAAUGCAGUCUGGUGGCAUUUUCAACAUGAUCUUUGAGAAUCCUGCUCUUUGUGCCGGUAACUCGGAUAAUUCUGCAUCAAAACAAAGAUCAUUUUCAGUUUCUGCUGCUAUGAAAUUUGAAACUGGCAAUGAAAGUGCAAGCAAUCCAAACCUACUGUCAAAGGAAGAAAUAGCCAAAGUUCUGAAUGAUGAUUCAGUUUUUAGAGUUGGACUGGAGAGUGCGGAAGACUUUGGGUUAGAUGCAAGUAUUUUGAAUGUUGCCAUGAUUGUAGGUUACUUAGGCUCCAUCGAACUUCCUUCAACAACUGCAAAUUUGGAAACAGAGAGUUUGCAGGCCAUUCGUGGGUGCAUGAGACGCCUGCGGGCAGAGCAAAAAAUCCAUUCCCUGGUGAUGAUGAAGAUAAUGCAUGACUGUAUUCAGCUCUGCAGUGACAAAUCAGGUGUUGUGGCAGAAUAUCCUGCAGAGAAACUGGCAUUCAGUGCUGUUUGCCCAGAUGAUAGAAGAUUUUUUGGACUAGUUACAAUGCAGACAAAUGAUGAUGCAAGCUUGGCUCAUGAAGAUGAAGGGGUCCUGAGGACAUCUUGCCAUGUUUUUAUGGUGGAUCCUGAAUUAUUUCAUCAUAAAAUUCACCAGGGUAUAGCAAGACGUUUUGGACUGGAAUGUACAGCGGAUCCAGAUACAAAUGGCUGUCUGGAGUUUCCAACAUCAUCUCUACCUGUCCUGCAGUUUAUUUCUGUCCUGUAUAGGGAUAUGGGGGAGCUGAUAGAGGGAAUGCGUGCGAGGGCUUUCCUCGAUGGCGAUGCAGAUGCCCAUCAGAAUAAUAGUACGAGCAGUAACAGUGAUAGCGGGAUUGGAAAUUUCAACCAAGAAGAAAAGAAUAAUAGAGUUCUGGUGGUUGAUUUAGGGACCAAUCCAAGUAAACACAUUCCUAGCAGCGUAUGGGAAAAUCCAGUAGGAAGGGGACAAAAUCAGCCUGCUUCCCACUGGAAUGGCUUCUGUCACGAGCAGGAGGGGAACAUCCCUUUAGAAGUAAUUCAGAAUGAGAAGUCCCAAAAUGUAAGCAAACACUUGAGCCCUUCUGCUCGUAUUGAAGUUCCAUUGGUUUCCUCCCGAAAUUCAGUACCCCCAUCCAAGAAAAACGCUGCAGGCCUGGGCAAUCAGAGGUGGCUGCCUGUGCACGUUUUACAGGAAUGGCAGCAUGGGAAUGCCAGCGACCAGGAGUCGUACACCGACUCCACAGAUGGCUGGUCCAGUGUGAACUGUGGGACCCUUCCCCCUCCAAUGAGUAAGAUUCCAGCUGACAGAUACAGAGUCGAGGGCAGCUUCGGUCAGCCACAGCUAAAAUCUCACAAAAGUGAAUGGUCCAAGAAGAUGUUCUGCAUUCAGAACAAAUUUGGCCCUCCGCACAGUAUCAGGAAAUCUAAAGAAGAUAAAAAGGGUGCAAAAUUUGGACAUUCAAUGGGAUUAAAUCAGGCUGCUCCUCCACGUUCUUCUGCUCGAAGAUCAUUUGGAAGAUCUAAGCGAUUUAGUAUUACUCGCUCUCUGGAUGACCUCGAGUCAGCAACUGUUUCUGAUGGAGAGCUGAAUAGCACUGAGUUGAAAGACUGCAUCAGUGAGAACAGCCUCAGCAGCAAUGCCAGCCUUCCCAGCGUGCAGAGCUGCCGGCGGCUGCGGGAGCGGAGAGUUGCCAGCUGGGCAGUUUCCUUUGAGCGGCUUCUUCAGGACUCUGUUGGUGUUAAAUAUUUUUCGGAAUUUCUACGGAAAGAAUUUAGUGAAGAAAAUAUUUUAUUUUGGCAGGCCUGUGAAUAUUUUAACCAUGUACCUGCACAUGAUAAAAAAGAGCUUUCUUACAGGGCUCGGGAGAUCUUCAGUAAGUUCUUGUGUAGCAAAGCUACAACCCCAGUUAAUAUUGACAGCCAGGCACAGCUGGCAGAUGAUAUUCUCAAUUCUCCCCAUCCAGAUAUGUUCAAGGAACAGCAGCUUCAGAUAUUUAACUUGAUGAAGUUCGAUAGCUAUACUCGCUUCCUGAAGUCCCCUCUUUACCAAGAAUGCAUCUUAGCUGAAGUGGAAGGACGUCCUCUUCCUGAUCCUCAGCGUGUUCCCAGCAGCCCCACCUCUAAACACAGCGUCAGUUCAGAGAAGUCCAACAUGUCAACACCAAAAAAGCUAAGUGGUAAGUCAAAGUCAGGAAGAUCUUUAAAUGAAGAGUCAGGAGAGGAGGACACUGAGAAGAAAAAGAGGGGAACAUUCUUCUCAUGGUCAAGAAGUAAGAGUUUGGGAAAAUCACAGAAAAGAAGAGAAAAUGGUGAUUAUCCAAACGAUUCUUUUCAGUCCAAUGGAUUGUCCUACAGACGGGAAUCACAAGGCUCCAUGUCAUCCACUGCUAGUCUCGACUUGUCUGAGACCUCAAGGUUGCCUGCAUUUGUGCCAGAUAAAGACAAAUCCCCCAAGUACUGCUGUGUAAACCUUCCGGAUGGCUCAUCGAGCAAAAUGCCUGUGAAAUCGGGGUUCUCCAUCAAGGAGGUGCUCUCUGGGGUCUGUGAGAAACAUGGCAUCAACAUAGCUGCAGUGGACCUGUUCCUAGUUGGAGGUGAUAAGCCCCUGGUAUUGCACCAGGACAGCAGUAUCCUGGAGUCUCGGGACCUGCGCUUAGAAAAACGCACUUUAUUUCGGCUGGAUCUUGUUCCUAUCAACCGGUCAGUUGGUCUGAAGGCGAAGCCCACCAAACCAGUAACAGAGGUCUUAAGGCCUGUUGUUGCAAAAUAUGGUUUAAAUCUUAAUGAACUUGUGGCAAGACUAAGUGGUGAGCAGGAACCCCUUGAUCUUGGUGUCCCUAUAUCUAAUCUGGAUGGUCAGCGGGUUGUUCUAGAUGAAAAAGAGCCAUCAAAGGGUAGAGAGAAACAAAGAGGCGUAUUAGUAAAACAGACUGCAACUGUAUCUUCUUCAAGAAGUCAAGGAUCUACUGGAGAGGGAAGAACUCUAGGAAAGUCUAAUUCUAUCAAAAUGAAAGGCGAAAAUGGAAAAAAUGCUAGGGAAGUCCGGCUGUCAAAGAGAGAAGACUCUAUUGCAAAGAUUGGGAAAAAAAAAAGUCAGAAAAUAAAUUUGGAUGAAGCAGAGGAAUUUUUUGAACUCAUAUCCAAAGCACAAAGUAACAGAGCAGAUGACCAACGUGGACUGCUAAGGAAAGAAGACCUUAUUCUUCCUGACUUUCUUCGUUUACCACCCACUGGACCAGAACCAUCCUCAUCUACACCCGCAGGUCCUAAAGGCCUCGGCAAGCGAGUUUCAAAAAGUGACAGCAGUGAUGGAUGUACAUCACCCAGUGGAAAACAGGAGCCUGUGCAAAACUUUAAUGAAAAUUCAGUAAAGAAAGUGGGUUACUCAGAAAACAAACAUAAGUCUGCUUUGGCAGCACUGCACAGCCAGAAGACUUUCAGUGUUCCUUUUAGUCCUCCGUUGUCUCCAAUUCCGCACGCGCAGGAGAACAACGCCGCGGUGUGGAAAAGGCAGUCGAGAGAGUUGCAGGCUGAAGGCAUUCAGAUGGUAGAUGAUGAGAAUGUGGCAGACUUGACUCUCGUGGCUGAAGGAGAUAUUAGUAGCCCUAACAGCACUUUGCUACCACCGCCACCACCAACGCCACUGUCAGACAUCAGUAAACUCACGGAAGCCAACUAUCCACCCCCAACUCCUUUUGCAGGUAAUCAGGAAAAAUCUGGAUUUCAAAGAUCCAAUUCAGGUAUUUCUAGAUUUUAAUAGUCUUUCCUUUUGGGUAAAACUACUUUUCCUUGGCACUGUUAAUCAGUAUUUGGCACCCAUUAAAACAGCAAAGAAAAUUCUCUCUGCCCCUUAAUUUUUUUUUUUUUUUUAACGAAAAAAAGAAGGAAAAAAGAUUUUAAUUGCCUUAGUCUGUUAUAACUGUAAUACUUCUGGUUGCCUUUAACAAUGUACUUUUGUUUGGAUUUGGCAUGUAACCAUAAAUGGCCACAUGCAGACAAACCUUUCAAAUACAUCCACGUGCUAUAAUUAUCUCAUUCACCCUCAGAGUACAAAACAGGGUAUCAGCAUUUUGAGCUCCAUAGCACUGUUGUGUUCCAGAUUUUCUGAUCCAUUUCUCAUAAUGAGAUACAUGAUUAGGGUUUGGAAGUUUAAGUACUUUAACAAAACCCCUAAUUAUGUGUUGAAAAUUGCAGUAUUGUUUAUGAUUAAAAUUUUAAAGGGAUAAGCCUCAACUUAGGAUAUAUUUCACUAAUAAAUUUGAUAUUUGUGACGAAAAUAAAAAUGUUAUUUUUUUUAACCCAUACUUUGCUACACAGAGAAAUAGAUUGCAUCUAUAUCACACUUUCUCCCAGAAUAUUCACGUAUCAAGUAGCUUUCUAAUAGAUAAUUUUAAAGAAAAUAUCUAACUUUUUUAGGAUGUAAGUUUCAUGGUCUAGCAAUAUCACAGAGCAAUAUUAGCCCAAGGCUGAAGUAUGGAAUUUCUUUAUAAACACGGACUCUAAUAAUAAUUGCUACUACCAGAAACAGGAAUUUGAAGACAAUGGGUGUCGUGACAUUGACAUUUACAGUCAUUGUACUGUGCAUUUUAAUGUAAAAUACAAGAAGAGGUAUCUAUGUGCUACAUUUAUUUUUGAUGUUUCACAAACAUAUGGUGCCAUAUUUGUAUGAUCACAUUUCUUUGUGAUGUGGGAAUAUACAUUUUAAUUAUUUAUCUUUUUACACAGAGUAUUUGAUACUGUUCUUUAUCUGUAUGGUUGAUGAUUUGUAAAUACUUCUUUGGUUGUUGGAUGCUUAUAAAUGGCAAUGCAAAUUACUUCAUCCUCUUGGCAUUUUAAAAGCCAGUUCCUUUAUUAGUAGUAUCUGAGAAAUGUUCUAUUAGCGCUACCACUUAAUUUCUGAAACUGAGUAUUAGACGGACUUGUAACCAGUGCCUAUGAAUAACAGAACCACAAAAUGUACUUCAGACAUAUUGAUGUAUAUAUGCAUAGAUUUGUGUUGGUGUCUUUCUGAUAAUAUGUCAAGUGUACAACAUAGGUAUCAAUUUGCAUAUUUUUCAGUGAGAACUGUUAAAAAAACCAUUUGCACUUAAAAAAAACUUCAUGAAUUUACAAUAUUUUAAUGCAUGCCAUAAGUUUCUGUGUAACCACUGAGCUGUAGCUUUCCCUUUUCCCACUUUCUACUUUUUACUUUGUAGAAAUCUUUGUGUAGUUUUCACAUGUAUUUUGUAUCCUUGUUCUCUCAGGAGUAAUAAAUUCUAGCUCUAGUUA